CUAGCAGUUGUAGCAAGUCCAACUCCAACUCAGCGCCUCCGCUCCUCCUCACAUCGCCAGCUCGUCCGCUUGCCCCGCACCGCAACCGCGGCGCGGAGGAGGAGAGCUCUCGCGCCGCGCGUGCGCGCGCGCGUGCGGGCGUGCGCGGGCGAUCGAAUCCGAUCGCCAUGACCGGCGCCGACGAGCCGUCCAUCACCCGCUGGACCUUCGAGGACUUCGAGGUCUACUACGAGGUGCGCCUCGGCAUCCGCCGCGAGCCCGGGGGAGAUGAAGACGGCGACGGCGACGGCGGCGGAGGUCGCGGCUACGCGCCGCUUGGAUCCGGCUCCGCGGGCAGCACCCGCCCCUCCGCGGCGCACGCCAACGGCGGCGCCGACCUGGCCGUCUUCGAGCAGUUCGAGCGGCUGGAGAGGAAGGUGGAGCUGCGGAAUGGAGCAAUUGAAGCUGGGCCUCCGCAGAAAUCCCUACUUCCUUCUUUUGAAUCUGCAGAAAUGCGCAAUUUAGCUGAGACAUUGUUGAGGGAUAUCAUUCGUGGGAGUCCAGAUGUCAAAUGGGAAAGCAUUAAAGGUUUGGAGAAUGCAAAGCGUCUUCUGAAAGAAGCAGUUGUGAUGCCUAUAAAAUACCCCAAGUACUUCAAAGGUCUGCUAUCACCUUGGAAAGGUAUAUUGCUUUUUGGUCCACCAGGAACAGGAAAGACAAUGCUAGCAAAAGCUGUGGCUACUGAGUGCAAAACAACCUUCUUCAAUAUUUCAGCCUCAUCAAUUGUCAGUAAAUGGCGUGGUGAUUCGGAGAAACUAGUGAAAGUCUUAUUUGAGCUUGCAAGGCAUCAUGCACCAUCCACCAUUUUUCUCGAUGAGAUUGAUGCUAUUAUUAGCCAACGUGGUGAAGCUCGUAGUGAACAUGAAGCCAGUCGGCGAUUGAAGACUGAGCUAUUAAUACAGAUGGAUGGGUUAACUAAGACAGAUGAUCUCGUUUUUGUUCUAGCCGCCACAAAUUUGCCAUGGGAACUGGAUGCAGCAAUGUUGCGCCGUUUGGAGAAACGUAUUCUUGUUCCCUUACCAGAGCAAGAAGCUAGACAUGCCAUGUUUGAAGAGCUCUUGCCAUCUGUUCCUGGCACAAUGAAUAUCCCAUAUGAUGUUCUUGUGGAGAAAACUGAAGGAUAUUCAGGCUCUGAUAUACGCCUUGUGUGCAAGGAGGCGGCAAUGCAACCCCUUAGAAGGUUAAUGUCGGUUCUUGAAGGAAGGCAAGAAGAAGUGCCUGAGGAUGAGUUGCCUGAAGUUGGUCCAGUAACGACAGAAGACAUUGAGCUUGCACUAAGGAAUACACGGCCAUCUGCUCAUCUUCAUGUACAUAGAUACGAAAAAUUCAAUCAAGACUAUGGCAGUCAUGUCCUCAGCUAAAGGUGAGUUGCAAAAGCAAAGGUUAUUUGCACAACAUAGAUUGCUGAAUUUCCUCCUUGAAGCUUGAACUGUUCCCUAGUAUUGUGGAAAUCCUCCUGACGGAAUCUUGCCGAUAAGACUUUUCAUUUGCACCUAGUAUGGUUGAUAGAAUGCUGAAUUACCGCUGAUGUAUUUACAACUAAUGAGCAUUCUCUUUACACAAUAUUUGUUCCUGUACCAUGUAUAUUAUCAUUUGUUUGACGAAUAAUAAGCUAUUUGGGUAAUCCUUGCCCUUUCGGAAUAUGAGAGAAACAUUGUACAUU